AUGAAUACAGACCCGUCGAGAAUAUCUGGGGAGGAUGAGUUGUAUGUUGGAGGUAUCGUCUCAUUAACAGAGAGCUCUCUUCAAAAGAACAAUAUCACACAUAUCGUCAGCGUUCUGAAUUAUGAUUUCAAGAAUUUCAAUCUCGAUUGGAGGAAGUAUAAACAACUUCAGAUCGAAGUUGAUGAUGUCGAGGACGAGAAUUUGUUGGGGGAAUUUGAGACGACCGGAGUUUGGAUUGAGGAGGCGUUGAAGGGUAGUAGCGAGACCGAGGGAGAAGGAAAUGAAAUAGAGCGCGAAGGGGAGAAGAAGAAGGGAGGCGCUGUGCUUGUCCAUUGCGCAAUGGGACGCUCCCGUUCCGUAACUGUCUUAAUCGCCUAUAUUCUUCGUCAAUAUCCCUCCCACACUCCCGCGACUGCACUCGCUCAGAUUCAACAAACACAUCCAUUCGCCGAGCCCAAUGAUGGAUUCAUGGCUCAACUUGAAUUAUAUCACGAAAUGGGCUGUCCACGAAAUGUAGUUGAGCAGUCUAAAUAUCAACGAUGGUUGUAUCAGAGAGAAGUGGAGAUGGCUGUUGCGAUGGGAGGACGACCUGACUGGGUAAGAUUUGAGGAUGAGGAGGAGCAAGAUGGGCCGAAGGUGGAAGGGAAAGAGCAGGAAAGGGAGAUUAGGUGUAGGAUGUGUCGUCGCACUCUUGCCACACCUCUCUACCUAAUUCCCCAUAUCCCCACCCCCAAACCCACCUCUACUCCCUCUUCAACCCUCGCCAACCCUCAAACAAUCACCGUCUCCCCCCUUUCCUCCAUACCCCACUAUAACAACUGCACCCACCACUUUCUCAAACCCCUCUCCUGGAUGCGUCCCGAACUCGAUCUCGGCAUCUUAUCUCGAAGACUCGAAUGUCCGAAUCUCAAAUGCAAAGCCCAAAUUGGAAAAUAUGCGUGGCAGGGAAUGCGAUGUAGUUGUGGAGUUUGGGUUUGUCCAGCUUUUAGUUUAUUGAAGGGUAGAUGUGAUGAGGUUACGAUUGGAAAGAGAGUUGAAACGGCGAGCGGGGGUGCUGGGGUCAUUAGAUUACCGCCUGGGAUGAAAGCGAAAGAGAGUACCGUGGAGAAGGGGAGUUUGUAA